UUUAAGCCGUAUACAGUAGGACUAUAAACAAUCUUACAGUUAUAACCUGUAGGUAAGAAAUUCAAAGGGACGUCAGUGGUGUUUGAGCAACUUCUCAUCGGACUUCUCAUCAGAGCUGCAAGUAUUACAAUUUUCAGACAAUGAAGGAAGCUGUGAAGUUUUUCAACAUCAUCAAGAAUGCUGGCAUUACAGCCAUCCUCAUUUCAGUUGUUUGCUACGCAAAGAACCCGCACUGGACAUCAGAUUCUGUCUUCAAACUGGACAUGGCACCAGAUUCUGUUGAUGACCAAUUUAUAGACUGUGAAGACCAAACCAACAAUUUAAUUAAAAAAGGGAUUUUAAAAAAUGAGUUAAAACAUAGUAAAUUGUUUUCAAAGGUGUGGAAGGAAUUCGAAAACGUUAGUGAUGAUCUUCAAAAAAUAAUAAAAGUCUACACAUAUACAUUGCCACUUUAUUCAGAGUUCAAUAACGCUUUGAGGUCAGGCAGAAAGAAUUAUAAAAAAAAGUUUAACUAUAAGUCCUUUCAUUUCUUGCUCACAUGUGCAGUUCGAAAGUAUAAAAUGAUGAAUUGUGUUGAUGUUUUCCGAAAAACCAAUGUUAGUUUUGACACAAAUGUUGUUAACCGUGAAAUGCGAUUUGGCCAAUUCACAUCGACCUCAACUAGAGAUGAUCUCCACACCUUUGGCAAUAAAUCCUGCUUUCAGAUUAACACAUGCUAUGGUGCAAACAUAACUAAUAUGUCUUUUCACGCUAAAGAGGAAGAGGUGCUAAUCCCACCUUUCGAAAAAUUUAAGAUCACGAAAAUUGAAUAUAACCAGAGGAACUGCAGUGUCCUUUACAGUCUACAGAGCACUGGGACAUGUAGUAAUAUGAACUGUGAACUGAUUAAAAAAAGCACUUUGUACCACACCACAAAAAAUGAAGAUCUUCUUGUUCAAAAAAGGUAUGAUUUAAUGCAGCUUUGUUCUUCCAAGUCAAAAUCAUUAUUUAAAAGGCUUGAGCAGGAAAAGAAGCAUUAAAUGAAGCUUUUUUCCAGGUCAAAUUGUAAAAAAGAAUGUGCAUACUGUUUGAAGUAUACCAUUACACAUUUAGAUGAUUCUUGACACAACUAUGUGGUUCAUUAAAAAAAGGAUUUUUGUUAGUAUUAUAGCAUCCAAGGAACUAAGAAGUUAAAUACAAUAGUAAAGUUUAUAUAACCAAAUUUAGAUCCUAAGCAGUAUAUUUAACAUAAAUAUACAAUGUAAAUAUAUAUAAUAUAUUUAUAGUAAAAAAUUUUAUCAUGUAUGUGGUUUGAGUCCUGUGGGUAGAUAGAAACAGAUUUCAUAAAUAUUAUUUUUAAUGGUUUUUAAAGGUCUCUUUGGCAUUUGAAAUGCAAGCAGACAUUUGGGUUGACUAGAAGAGGGAAAAAAAAACCUUUGUAAACAAGUGUGAUGGCACAAUAAACAUUUUUUAUUUCUGUCCUGAUGUCAAUAUUCUGUAGCUACAGAGACCAUAGAAAGCCCUUGGACAGCAUAAAAAGCUGAUUUAAAGUGAGAAGAGAACAGCAGGGCAACAUUUAAUUAUUAUUAUUUGUUUCUUUAAAAUCUCAAAAAUAUCUUUAAUGAAAAUGGUGAUUUUUAGCAAAUGUAAUUAAAUCUAUUGCUGUUUUUUUUUAUUUCCUUCAAACUAAUACUGUACUUCUAAGUAAAUUUAAU